AUGGCAAUUGUGCUUCGACUAUGCGGUAGCAAUCGUGGUAACGAGCGAAAGGCAGAGAUACGAACGCUGAAUGGAAAUAUCCUGAAAAGACCUCUAUCUCGUCUGUAUCCGUUGGAAAUUCGCGCUCAAGACGAUUACGCAAGAAGAGUUGAGCAUAGGAGAACGCUCUAUAAGCGUAAAACUUCCACAUCCCCCACGAGGAUACAACCCCUUCGUAAGGCUAAUUUCUAUCCCCAUGUGCACGCCAUUGUUGAGACCGGACAAUCUCAGGCUGUCUCAACUGACGACGUCGCAUCCACAGCACACUUCGUCUUGUAG